AUGGACCGCAGCUGCUUUGCCUCCAAGGGAAAAAUGGGGCAGUUUGAGCCGAGACAACCUGAGCUGGACAGGUGGACUUGUACCCCAUUUAAAAUUCUCUCCGAUGCUCAGAGGGCCCAAACUCUGGAGAGCAUAUCUGAAAGCCAGGGUGGAUACUCUCACGCUGCCCGCGGAGAGCUCAUUGUUCUGUCCUCCCCACCUCCAGCGGCCCUGGCCGGGGAAGACAUGUCUCAACUUGGGAACACCAGCCAGGCCUCAUCUCCAGCUCCUGGCCACAUGCUGGGGCCAGACAGAUCCCGAAAUACAAUUAGUGAGUCGUGCCACCUUAGUCCCACCGCCUACCAGGCCUUCAGCUCCGCGGCUAGAGGCUCCCUAUGGCGGCCUUCAUUUUCCUGGAGGAAUCCCACCAGACUCAAAAACAAGCUUUACCGGGUUCCCCUGGCCAAAGAUCGGGCAGUCAGCAUGGCAGUCCCACCUGUGUGCCUUUGGCCGUACGGCCUGACGCCCAUCGCACAACUAGAGUUCGGUGUACAGUCAACUGGAGAGGGAGGGUUCUACAAUAUUUUUCCAUGGAUAAUGAAAUAUCUUCCUGGAUCACACCAAACAGUUUUCAGAAACUGGGGAAAACUGAAAUCGUUUGUUUCUUCAAUGAUUGACAAUCACCGGAGAGAUUGGGAUCCUGAUGAGCCAAGAGACUUCAUUGAUGCUUUCCUCGCAGAAAUGACAAAGCACCCAGAGAAGACUACAAGUUUCAGUGAAGAAAAUCUCAUCUGCACCACUCUGGACCUCUUCCUUGCUGGAACCGAGACAACAUCCACGACCCUGCGCUGGGCUCUGCUCUACAUGGCUCUCUACCCAGAAAUCCAAGAAAAAGUACAGGCUGAGACUGACAGAGUGAUUGGCCAGAGGAGACAAGCAACAAGCCCGGCUGACCGAGAGUCCAUGCCCUACACAGAUGCUGUAAUCCACGAGGGGCAGAGAAUGGGAAACGUUGUCCCCUUUAAUGUUCCCAGGGAAGUGUCAAAGGACACAAAUUUGGAUGGAUUCCACUUGCCGAAGGGCACGGUGAUUCUAACCAACCUGAGUGCACUCCACAGUGACCCCAAAAAGUGGGCCACCCCGAAAAUCUUCAAUCCAGAGCACUCUUUGGAGAAUGGACAGUUUAAGAAGAGAGAGUCCUUUCUGCCUUUCUCAACGGGAAAGAGAGUUUGCCUGGGAGAACAAUUGGCCAGGUCUGAGCUAUUCAUUUUCUUCACUGCUCUUAUGCAAAACUUUACCUUCAAUGAGAAGCUGAGCCUGAAGUUCAGAAAUGGCCUCACACUCACUCCAGUCAGUCACCGCCUCUGUGCUGUCCCCAGACUGUGA